AUGAUUUCUGUUCCUCACGGACAAAGUCAAGACGUUAUCGGAUGUGGAGGUUUUAUUAAAUCGAAAAUGGAUAUCAAUUAUAAAGUUGUUCGAAUUCAAUUGAUAACAAAAGAUGGCAUACCUGUUUAUACAACGGAAGCCGCUCCUAUCAAUGGAUAUUACAUGAUACCAGUAUAUGAACGAGGAGAAUAUAUAUUAAAAAUCAUACCACCACCAGGGUGGAGUUUUGUGCCAAAUCAAAUGGAAUUAAAUAUUGACGGUGAAACAGAUCCAUGCAGUUUGAAUCAAGAUUUAAAUUUUGUUUUCAAAGGAUUUGGUUUAGCUGGAAAGGUUAUCAGUGCUGGAAGUACGACUGGUGGACCGAGCGGUGUGAAAUUAACUUUGUAUCAAAAUACUAAUAAAUUAAAUGAAACAAUAUCAAAAUCAGAUGGAACUUUUGAAUUUUUCGAUGUACUACCAGGUGAUUACACAGUUAAAGCAACUCAUGAUCAUUGGAAGUUUAUUACUGAUGUAUCGAAUGUUCAAUUAUCGAAAGAACGAUGGGAAAUAGAACAUCCAAUUGUUGUUCGAGGUUAUACAGUAAAGACUAAUCCAUCUUCUAUGAUAACAUGUGAUGACAGAUCAUUACCAACUGAUUUUGCAUCACCAGGACUAGAGAAUGAUGAUUUUCUAUGUCGAACAAAAACAAAUGAUAAAGGAGAAUAUAUAUUUCAAGAUGUUCCUGUUGGUAUUUAUUCGGUGUUGGCUUAUUAUCAUACAUCGACGAUGGAUCUCAAUUUUGUUCCUACACAGAAAUCACUUACAGUUUUCCAUAAAGAUUUUAUUAUACAGCUACCAUUUGAAACAUCGACUGUCUCAUUUAGUGGACGUGUUGUAAAAAUGGGAAAACUGACGGACGAUGCACCGUUAUCAAAUGUUGUUAUAACUGUUGAUCAAAAACCGUGCUGUAAAAGUGAUGCAAAUGGUUAUUUUCUAUUAGAAAAUAUUCGUUCAAAUGGAAAUAUCAAAGUCAAAGCCGAAUUAGACGGAUACAUAUUCAAAGAUAUUACACAUGCGGUCAAUUUAAAUAAAAUGAUAUCCACAAAUGAAAGAAUGCUUGUUAUUGCACCAGAAAAAGUUCGUGUUACCGGUACUGUUCAAAUCUCGACAAAGUUAUCGGAUACAGCAAAAAAGCAAACAAUUCGUUAUUAUUCAAAAGUAGAUGGUCAAAAACAAAAUAUGAAAAAACUUGAAGUUGAUCCAAACACAAAAUAUGUCGUCUAUUUAACACCGGGAACAUAUACAUUUUCGCCUGAAUUAACUGAUUCUGAUAUUCGUUCCGGUUUACAUUUAACACCCGAAGAAAUUGACGUGCAAAUUAAAAGUGAACCAAUUGACGAUAUUAACUUUUCUCAAUUAAAAGCAAAAUUAAAUGGAAAAAUUAAAUGCAUUGAUCGUUGCGGUAAUGAUUUACCACAACUUUUAUUAACAUCCUUAAAUCGUCGAGUCGCAACAAAAAUUGAUUUAAAAAAUCAACAAGAACACAAAGUGUCAGAAUCAGGAAAUAUUUUUGAAUUCGAACAAGAUAACAUGUUACCAGGAAAAUAUAUUCUUUCGUUUUCACCAAAUGAAAAAAUUACCUAUUGUUGGAAAGAUAUUCAGAUGGAGAUUGAUUUAUCAAAUUCAAAUAAAACUGUAACAUUAGAACAAACGGGAAUUAAAUUGAUUGUUGCUAUUCAAACAACAAACGAUGUCAUACUGAAUGUUACAUUAAAAGAUGAGCCAGAUCAAAUUAUUGGAUCGUAUCCAUUACAAAAUGGUGAUACGGAUUUAUGUUUACCAAAAAAAGGUGUCUAUGAACUCGUUCCAGUUAGCUGUAUGAAAUUUGAAAAUUCAACAUAUAUUUAUGAUAGUUCGAAAGCAAUAGGUUCAAGUGCAAUUAUAGAAUUGAUACCAAUUGAAUAUCAAGUAUUUAUUUCAAUGUCAACACCUUCAACGGCAUUCGAUGAUCAGAUUCAGUUUCCGAUUAUUAUUAGAAAUAUGAUGCAGAAUAAUGAGUUUACGUUCAACUUAAAUCAAAAAGUUGGAAAUGAAUUAACUGGAUAUUUUUGGGCAAAAAAUGGCGAACAUUUUACACUUCUACCUCAAUCUGAAACAUGGUUAUUUGAACCAAAACAAGCUUCGAUUAUUGUCUCAUCUGAAUAUUGUAACUCUAAUCUAGUAAAAUUUAUUGCUCGCCGUGGAUUAUUUAUUACUGGUCAGAUAUCUCCACCGGUGUCAGAGGCAAAUGUAUCGAUUUAUUCAUCGUUAUUGAGUGAUGGAGAUCUGGAACAAUCUACAGUUGAACUUGAUGGAAAACAAGUUUAUUAUCUUUCAUCAACGUUGACUGAUCAAAAUGGAGAAUAUACUUUUGGUCCAUUAAUUGAUACACGACAAUAUCAAAUAAAAAUAAAAAAAGCUGGACAUGUAUUUUCAUCUACAUCUAAUCCAUACAAUUUUUUGGUUGAAAAAUUAGCCGAAAUUCAUGUUAAAUUAUUAGAUGAACUCAAUGAACAACCAUUAGAUGGUGUUUUUAUUUUAUUGACAUCGACAAAUAAUUAUAGACAAAGUAGUUUAACAAAUAAAAGUGGACAAGUCUAUUUUGUCGAUUUAAAACCGGGUACAUAUUAUAUUCGACCACAAAUGCGUGAAUAUGAUUUCAGUCCGAGUGAUGUACACUUCGAUAUUAAAUCGGGUGAUUAUACUGAAUAUGUAUUUCGAGCUAAACGAACAUCGUAUAGUUGUUAUGGAAUAAUAACAUCGUUGAAUAAUGAACCCGAAAAUGGUUUGAUUAUUGAUGCAGUCGGUCUGGAUCAAUGUGAUACAUUAAGAGAAUCAGCCAAGUCCGAUAUUGGAGGUCAAUUUAGAUUAAGAGCAUUGGAACCUGGUUGUCGUUAUAAAUUAAUUCAUCGUGUUAAUCCUCUGGAUGCUCAACAAUCUGAUAUUAUUCAGGUUGAACCAGCAGAAAAAUUAAUUGAAAUUUCAGAUGCCGAUGUCGAAAAUAUCCAUUUGUAUACAUUAAAAAGACCAACAGAAGUUGAUCUCAGUGUUCACGUUAAUACACAAACACAAUUUUUACCACAAUUAAAAGUUAAACUUUAUAAAUCAUCAAAUCGAGAUUUACCAAUUCAAACUGUAACAUUGUUGAACUCGAAUUUUGCUUAUUUAAACUCAUUACCAUUUGAUAACGAUAGUUACAUCCUUAAAUUAGAAUCUCCAUUGUCAACCAGUUUAUAUACAUACAUCUUACCGGAAGUAACAUUUACAGCAAAUCAAACAUUUCUCUUUUUUACAUUUAAUUUUGAGCCAAAGUUGAGAACAUACGAUUCUGAAACUCGUCAAGGUUCCUAUUUGGCAUUUAUUAUUGCUCUUCUAGUCAUAGCAAUUGUAUUCAAAUAUGAUACGCUUUUACCGAUAUUGCAAUCAACUUAUGAGUAUGUUCAUAAAACACUUGCACCUCAAGUAAUAACAACAAUUUCAACAUCAAUACCACAAGCAUCAACUGUAACAACACAAUUAACGGCUCAAACAUUGCAGCAACAGCAGACAAAUCUAACUCACUCAUCGUCAUCCUCGACGCUUUCUUCGAACUCUUCUCCUUCUGCUUCGGCUACAUCAUCGUUACUGACGAAUACAUCGUCGCUUCCACUUACACAAGAUCCACAAGAUAUAAAAAGACGAAUUGUUAGACGAGCUGAUUAG